GGAAUCUGCCGGCCCCUGCCGGGUGGGCCGUGAGUCUUGGAGCCCAGCACGACGGGCACCGGACGCCGCGCCACGGGCAGCCCCGGUCAGUAACGCGAACGCCGCGGCGGUGGCUCCCACCAGUAUGUGACACCACUCCCCACCCCACACACGUUCUCUCGGGCUCUUGAGGGACCCCCCCUCCGCCCAAAGGAGGCCCGGUAGCCCCUAGGGGACGUAGUCACCAGCGCAAGCCCUGUCUGCUGCAGGCGAGCGCGGCGGGCCUGGGUCGUCUUGGCCUCCUCACUGAGCUGGCCUCGUGGACUUCUAAGUAGCGACGGAGCUACCCACCUAGGCCUCCAGAGGCGGAAUCUGGCGCCCCGGAGGGGACACAACCCUCCCACCCGAGAAGCACGAACGAUCCGCCCCGAAGCCACCCGGGAGCGGGAGGGAGGCGGGACUAGGCGUUCGGGGACGGGGGUCAUGUAAAAGUUGAGGCUCGACUCGGGAGCCACAAAGCGUGAGGAGGAGGGCGUCGCGGGCAGCGUGCUCCAAGGGGACGAAGGGCCGAAGAGGGAAGGAACCGUCGGACGGACGGAGCAGCGACCCAAGACGACGUCCACGCAGCGAGAGCGAGGGAAAGAAGACGAGGGGGGCAGAGCGCGGGCAGAGCGGACCGGGCAGGCGAGGCCGCGCAGGGGGCGUGGGGCGCUCGGGGCGCCGGGUCCCGCCCGAGCCAACCGCGGAGGCUGGUGCGGGUGACGUCACAGCCAACGGACGGCCUGCGCGGGACUUUUUCAAUUUCUCCCCGCCCAAUCGGGAAAAGACUGUGCCUAUAAAGACUGCGGUGGCGGGGGGGAACCAGGUCACUGUCCCUGCCGCCGCGCCGGAGAGCUAGUGCCUCUGUCCGCCAUGGCCCGAACCAAGCAGACCGCGCGCAAGUCGACCGGUGGCAAGGCGCCGCGCAAGCAGCUGGCCACCAAGGCGGCCCGCAAGAGCGCGCCGGCCACCGGCGGCGUCAAGAAGCCCCACCGCUACCGGCCCGGCACCGUGGCGCUGCGCGAGAUCCGGCGCUACCAGAAGUCCACCGAGCUGCUGAUCCGCAAGCUGCCGUUCCAGCGGCUGGUGCGCGAGAUCGCGCAGGACUUCAAGACCGACCUGCGCUUCCAGAGCUCGGCCGUCAUGGCGCUGCAGGAGGCCAGCGAGGCCUACCUGGUGGGGCUGUUCGAGGACACCAACCUGUGCGCCAUCCACGCCAAGCGCGUCACCAUCAUGCCCAAGGACAUCCAGCUGGCCCGCCGCAUCCGCGGGGAGCGGGCUUAAGAAGUCGGGCUCUCGCCCGCCUCGAGGUUCCAUCGCAUCCAAAGGCUCUUUUCAGAGCCACCCACGGCGGCACUCGGAAGGAGCUGCACCGCUCUUCCUCCGCUCUCCAGGCGGUGGUCUCGUCCUCCGGGGCCAAGGGGUGGAGGGAAGGAAGGGAAAGGUCGCACAGCGGCCGGAGAGCCCAGCCAGCCUUUCCGGACCCCCGGUUCAUUUCUUGUGCGGCGCGCACCGCCCUAGGAUGGUCGCACCCUAAUGCUCUCCUCCGUUCGCCUCCCUGGAACCCUCUCAGCAACCGGCAGCCUCUGGCUAUGGUGUCGCCCAGGGCGGAAGGAGGGGCGCUAGCGACCUCAUCCCGCGGUUGAGUCACUAGGGGACGCUCGGGAUUCGCGGUCCGCAGCCCUCGGCUGCAGGGCCGGGUUGGGCUGGGCUGCCGUGGCCCUUGCCUGAGACCUCUCUGCUCCACCCGGCCCGCCGGAAAUGUCCUCCCUGUCCUCUCUGGGAAGUCGCCCCUAAACUUUUUCCAGACUUUUGCUGGCUAGAGUUGGGGAUACUUAUGAUAAAGCUACGGGUCGAGUGAGUCCCUGGCCACUUGCGUGGUACCUUCACCCACUAGUGUUGGGUGUAGUGGUGCUUCGUGUGUCGGAUAACUGAUGCUCUGUUCAGUAUCAUCAGGUGCCUCAUUAUCUCCCGCGUCCAAGUCUUGUUAAUUGUUCCUGGGUACACCUGAGGUAUGUGCGUGUUAACCCCUUUGAAUUUUCAGUAGUACUUUGUUUGGACCUUUUCUGGAUUUUUGCUGGAUAUCGGUUGAUCCGUCCCCCAUGUUAAUUUUCUUCAAAACCCCAAUGCGGGCUCAGUGAACCCCUUUGGAGCCUGGUCUUAUGCCAAGCUGAGGUCAAUUGCCUGCAGUCUGGGAACGUGCAAAGCUGGUGUGAGUUGCCUCAAGUAUCAACAUAUGUAAGAGCUUUUGGUAAGGGCCCUGCUUUCCUAUCCUAGUCACCUACCUCAACAUUUGAGCUUGCCCCGGAAGCCCAAGAGUUGCACCCACAGGAGCAAGGGGGUGGGGAUGCGCCCAGACGCUACAGUGCCGCUGGCUCCUAAAGAACACAUAGAUCUUUUUAAUUUGUAAGCAGAACUUUAUGCUGCAGUUUUACUCGGGAAAGGAGCAGGAAGAAAAGCACACUGUCUUAUAGGAAUCCAGCAUUGGAGAAAUUGGAGGAAAUUCUAACAAGGAUUGUAUCCCUCUUUCAGUUCA